UCUCUCUCUUCCCCUCCCUUGGAAUUCCCUACCUAGUCCUCCCCUCACCCUACCCCCUACAAGAUAUUGGCCUAUUUAAGCAAGUGGGUGAUCUACGUUUGUGAUAGUUGAUAUCAGCUCUCAAGACUGAGUGAUGGGGCCGCGUGCGACAGUGACGCUGCUGGUGACGCUGCUGGUGACGCUGAGUCCUGCUGCUGCAGCAGGCAGGAGCAGCAGGACCCAGCAGGCCUACACCUCUUUGCUUCGAGAGAUUCCUCACUGGGGAGAAGACCACUGGGGUGUUAAUCUUACAACGCCGGAGCUGAUCGAAGCCAUGGGUUACCCGGUAGAGAUCCACCACGUCACCACUGAGGACGGCUAUAUUCUCGAACUCCAUCGGAUUCCCUACGGGGCGGAAGAUCAACCCUCCGAGGGACGACCUGUCGCCUACCUCGAGCACUGCCUCCUCUGCUCUUCCUCAGAUUACAUCAUGAACGACCCCGACAAAGCCCUAGCAUACAUACUGGCGGACUCGGGAUACGACGUCUGGUUAUCUAAGAGAGGCAACACUUACUCCAGGAAUCACAUCGAACUCCUUCCUGAAGACUUAGCCUUCUGGCAGUUCCCCGGGGAAUGGGACGAAAUGGGAUAUUAUGACGUCCCGGCUAGUAUAGACUACGUCCUAGGACAGACCGGUGCCCAGGAUUUAUAUUACAUUGGUUGGAGUAUGGGUACGACUGUCUUCUGGGCCAUGAUGAGUGAGAGGCCAGAGUACAACCAGAAGGUGCGUGCUAUGGCAGCCAUGGCACCGGUAGCCUACACGGACCAGGCACAGGGACCCCUAAUCGAGCUGGCACCAUACUCCGGCGACUUGGACAUGGUGUUUUCAUUGCUGGGUGUGGGAGAGCUUCUUCCCGGCUCUGACCUGAUGGACUACAUAGCUGAAAACUUCUGCGAUAUGGAGGCUAACACCGCCGAGGUCUGCUACAACUUCCUCUUCCUUAUCUGCGGUCCUGAUUCCGACGAGAUCCCUGAGGAGUACCUACCGCUGAUCCUCUCUCACAUGCCUGCCGGUACCUCCGUACACACCGUCAACCACUACGCCCAGCUCAUCCUGGCAGGGGUGUUCCAGAAAUACGACUAUGGACCAAUAAACAAUCUGAUCCACUACGGUCAGGAGACUCCGCCCUUGUACGACCUCUCCCACGUCAGCGCCCCCGUCGGCCUCUUCUGGGGAAAUACAGACUGGCUCGCUGACCCCACGGACGUGGCCCGGCUGGCUGCUGAGCUGCCCAAUUUGGCUCUCAACUUCCAAGUCAACAAAACGGAAUUUAACCAUCUCGACUUCGGCUGGGGUAUCGACGCUGACAAAUACGUAUAUCAGUACAUUCUUGACUUCUUCUCUCAGUAUUGAUGAGCUGAGUGUGUGAGUGUGUGUGAUGUGGAGACCUGUUUGAGACGAGGAUCGUGACCUAUCAACACGCAACUCCCAAUAAUUAUCGUGCAGGCCUCGUGAGGCUCAACAUUAAACGUUUUCACUUCUUA